AUUGUUACCCAAAGUACAGUGGAGUAAAGUUAGAGUAUGGAUGCCUUUUUAAGUAUUUUUAAAACAAUAAUUUUGAAAUGAAAAUCAACAACAUGAAAAAUUAUCCGGCUAAAUUGAAUUUGAAAAAUGAUCACAGUGCAGACUUUACGUCGUAUGAAGAUAAAAAUAGCAAAAGAAAAACUAGUGCACUUAAACGUGAAAAAGAAAGACUGGACACCGAUGAAGUAGAACAGAAAGAACUUGAUAAUAUAGAACUGCCAACAUCCAUUUUAAAACAAAUCAAUAUCAGCGAACAAGAUAUCACUAAUUAUACAAUAGAAGGUUCUCAAUUAGUGACAAACGUAUUUCUAGCAAAUGAAAAUCGCGAAAAUAAUCGCAGGCAUACUGAUAAAUGCGAAAGAGAUGCAAGAUUAAAAGCUAUUGAGCUUGAAUCCGAAAUUGCUACAGCUAAAUUUAAGGAAAUCAGUGAUCAGUGGGAGGUUAUAUUAAAAAAAAAUGACGCACUAGAAAUCCAUAAACAUUCUGAACUUCAAAAAAAGCGAGGACUUGAGCUUAUCGAACAAAAAAAUCAAAUGAUUGAAAUACUGAAACGUGAUUUAGCUGAAUCGGAUACCAGGUUUUUAGACGAACAAGCCGCUCAAAGUGAAGAUGUACGCAUUUUACAAGAAAGAAUUGAAAAUCAAGUAAAAUUUAUGAGAAAGCAGUACAAAAAACAUAUUCAAUGUAUAAAGUCAACUAUGGAACAACAAAGAGAAUUUAGAAUUGUUCAUGCUAAUGAAAGUUGGAAUACUAAUUACAAUGGGACGAUGUUAAUUGAAUCCAAUUCUUUAAACGACCGACUAGCUAUGAUUGAAAAGAAAGAAAACAAUAUUAUGAAACAAUACGAAAUGAAUGAAGAAACAAUCAGAAAUUUAAAAUCAAAUAUUAAUACAGAGUUGCACAAUAUGCAAAGAGAAUUUGAUUUGAUUAAACUGAAGUGUUUAGACAACGUCGAAAAACUUAAUUACAAUUAUCAGGUAUUGAAAAGACGAGAAGAGGAAAAUGCUUCUGCAAAAGCUGCCCAAAGAAGAAAGAUUAACAAAUUACAAGAUAUUUUAUCGAAUAAAAGGAAGAUUUUACGGGAAACUAAAACUGAAUUCAAAGCUAAAGUUCCUUUACUGCACGGUGAAAUUGAAAAACUAAAACAAGAUAUCAAGCGACACGAAAAUAAAACUGAAAGGUUUGCUGUAAUUCAAGAAAAGACGUUCAAAGAAUUGUGGGAUUUUUCUCAAAAACAAAUCACUAUGCAAUUAGAAAGGAUUUUUAAAAUUGAUCAAAUAAUACACGAAACGCAAUUGGGCAUCGACUGGCAUCCGCCAGAUAAACUCAAAUACCUAGACGUAAGCGAAUUGCCGUCGUUCAGGAAAAAGCCUUGCACGCCGAAUGCAGAAAACCUACGGGUGGAGAACGACCAAGACGCAGUGGACUCGUACGCGGAGGCUAGAAAACGGAUAAUGAUGCGAUUGAUAUUCGACGCGACCAUAAGAAACGCGUCUUUUAUAAUAGACAACGAACUGAUUGAUAUUGUGAAAUCGCAUCCGAAAAAGAACCUUAUACUGUUGUACAACGCAAUGGCAGCGUACGGCUUGAACACCAUGGAUUCGUGGAGAUGUUUACUAUCGUACGCCCAGUCGAUGGUGAAGUGUCAGGUUUGCCGUACACCAGUUCUGUGGCGUAAAAGCGGUGUAGAUCGGCAGGAAAAAGUUGAUAGUGAACGGAAACCCGAAUCUGAAAAUCGAUUGGUCGAUAACUUAUUGGUUUUCACGGAAGCCCAUAAGAUAUCUAUCGAAAAAACGUUGUAUACGACAACUAAUAAUAUGUUGGACAAGACACGGUCAGACUACUACAGACCAAUUUUCAAACUAAAGUCAACACCGCUUGAUAUCCACACUGCUGCGGAUAUUAGUGACUAUCCAUCAUUAGAAUGUGCUAAUACAGACUCUGAUAAUUCAACGAUUACAUUUUCUUUGUCAUUGACGGAUUUUGAUCAAUUAUGUAGUGAAAAUGAUUCGAAUCCAGCAAUUAAAUCUCAACGCUCAUUUUCUCAAGUAGAAUUGGAACAUUUUCAAAUGGAAUCUGAAGAACAAAAUGAUUAUUCAGAAUAUACUUCACUGAAAGGUUAUCAAAAUAUCAAUGAAGAAAAAGAUUUCAAUGUACAACAAUUCCUAUGCGAUAACCUUGACCAUAAAUUAGUAAUUAAAGACACAGAUUAUCUUCGCGUCAUCAAAAAAUCCAUUGACAUAGCAAAAUGUAAAGCAUUAAACCAGCAAAGGAAAAAUUAUUCUGACUUUUACUUAACAAAAACACUAAAUAUAGAAGACAUAAGUGAUUAUUGGAAACAGUUUCUCUAUGCAUUUCCUGAUAACCGCUUGAAAAUGUGGAUUAUAUUUGACAAAGCCAUUACGAAAUAUUACCAAGCGCUACAUCUACAAUUCAAAAAGACAAAAGAAGUUGAAAAAUUAGAAAAUGAAAAUAUGGAGUUGAAAACAAUUUUGAAGCAUUUUAUGGAUGCAGAACAGAAUGAUGUAAGACUACAAAAUAUUUGUACUCCCAAAGUUCAAAAAAAGCAGACAGACUCCUUGAAAAAUCCAAAAACAACAAUGAUCACAAAUAAUUCUACAAACAUGUUGUAUGAAUUUUCUGAAAUAACAAGAAAUACAAGCAUUAAAAUGUGUCAUUUACGGUCUGCUCAAAAAAAUGUAUAUUUACUAACAAGGCCAUGUAGUAAGGAGAUACAUGACGUGAUUGAAGUCAUUUCGAAUCAUAGCUGAUGGCAAAUCAACUUCGGGUUCUUUUAAAAUUAACGAAGAGCAAACACUUAUAUAUUUUGUUAAGUGUGUAUACUGUGUGAAUGACUUUGUAACUGCAAUCAUUAAUGCUAACGAUUGAUCAGUGAUAAUAAUUUUCGGGCAAGAAAUUUUAGUUCUUAACCAUUCGGAUAACCAUUAUGAAAUUGUGUUAUAGUCGUGUUUUUCCGAAAGCAUAUAUCCUACUGAAAAUCGGCAGCCAUUUUUAGCAUCUCUUACUCCAAUUUGAUACAAAAAAGUAUUUGAUGUCUGUCUUCCAGAUAUCAAAAUAGAUUUUUUACAACACCUCCCGUUGCAUCUAUUGUUAUUUUUGGUAUGUCAGUAUUUUUCGCAUAAAUGCGAUACGAAUUAAUUUCAGUAGAUACCCAAUAGUGCACAAAAAAUUUGUCAUACGAUCUAUCAUGGAUAAUAUUAUUAUAGGGGGGAGUGCCUUUUAAUAUUGAUAAAGCCAUAAUUGUAUCGGAAUGUGAUUGAUUUUUCUUAAGCGCCUUAUAUUUUAAAAUUCGCAUUGCAUUCAAUGACAUUAAAUGACUUGGUUCUUUAUCUCCAUAUUGCAUUACUUGUUUAGCUUCAAAUCGCUGUACGUAAGCUGCAGAUUGGUUUUCAUAUACCAAUUUUGUUUUUAGUUCCUUUCGUUUUUCUCCUAUUAUCCUCCGUUUUUUAUUACUGUAACAAUCUUUGAACUUUCCUUGGUACAUACAGUCUAUAAUAACUUUAGAUGCAGGUUCUGGUUGGUUUAAAACUUCACCAUAAAAAUCACUUAAACAUACACAACAUUUACCUUGUAUUUUAAGAAAUAUUUUGCCGUUUGGAUUGACUUUGGCAUUUUUAUAAGUUAUAGUGCAUGGAAGUUUAUUUAAUGCAUAAAAAUGAUCAUUGAUUAAUUGGGACCAUUCAAACGACUUUAAAGUCUGAUAAGAUCGAUGAUUAUUUUUUCCAUCAGACCUUUUAUAAAUUUGUAUUUG